AUGGAUAUUAAGAAUGAAAUGUUUAUUAAGGCAUUGCAUUUAGGAGUUGGAUGGGGCCGAGUUAGAUGGGAUGAGGCUAAUCUGGGAGAAAUCGAAGCAAAUAAACCUGUAAGGCAGAAAAUUACUGAGCCGAAGACGCCAUACCACCCUAUGAUGACCGAUGAUGAGGAUGGAUCUCUGUCUCCUAUACGGGGUAGCUUCAAUGAUUGUGUUGGUGAUGCAGUUCAUGCAGAAGCAAUACGAACUGCUUUGACCGAUGUGGCAUCAUCAAGUAGAAAGAACACCCCAAGAUCUACUGGCUGGACAUCAUCUGAGGAUGAGGCAGAUGCUAUAGAACAAGAUGAUGAAGGAUUUCAAGGUCUUGUGCCUUCAAAUUAUUGGCAGCUGCUUACCUCAAGUAGUUGGUAUUAUGGUUAUCUUGAGAGUUGA